AUGCCUAUUAAUCCUCCGAGGCAGUAUGUCUUUCUUUUGGCUGUUGAAGUCAGUCUGCACUUGCUGCAAAUUAUGCGUCUAGCAAGCACAGGAGACGCCUGUAUGACCGGUGCGUACUAUUUCACCCGUGGAAAAGACAUGGUUGAAAACCACAUCAUUCGAGGUCACGUGAUUGCCAACCUUACAGCUCCAGAGCCUUUAUUCUGCUUUAAAGCCUGCCGAUUGGAGUGUCGGUGUAUCUCGUUCAACUUUAAACAAAGCGCACACCAGGAUAACUGCCAGCUGAACGAAGAAAACAGAUAUACUAACUUCGGUGCUUUGGAUUUUGCGGAGGGAUGGCAAUACUACGAUCUGGUUAUUGACUACAGCAUAAGAGUAAGAGAACAUGUCCUUCUACCACAACCCUUUUCAGGACCCAUAAAUGACGCUCAUUCAUGACUUUUGAUGACAUUCCCCAGUUUUUAUUCGCACGAUGAACAUGACUGAUGGUUUUGUAAAACGUUUUACUUUUCUUUUCGAAUUAGCAUGAUUUAUUCAAACUUGAGAAAUUUCCUUUUAAAAAUGUGCCACUUUGUAAAUCCUGACUUAUACCGCUCGAUGACUGAAUAGUUCAGGCAUUUCAAUUUUCUUAGUAAAGAGCAAUAAAGGGUACAAAAGUUAGAGUGCCAUACCAUAUCAUGUGUAAGUAGAUCAGGCUCUUAAAAUAAUUAUCCAUCUCCACCGGUUUGGCGCUGCUCUUGAAUUAAUCCCUUCCAGGAUUUUCAUGAAGAUUUCUGCAGGGAUUUCCCGCAAGAUUCUCAGCAAGAUCCCUGCCAGGAUUUCCAUCAAGAUUCAAACUUUUGACAUGAAUCUCAGACAUAUUUGACGACACCUUUGUCAAAUCUUUGACCUGAGCGUUGGAUAAAUUUGACGACACUUCUAGCAAGAUUUUGACUUUAAUCUCAGGCAUUAUUUUACCCGCAACUUUGCGUACCUUUGGCUCGAAUUUCAGACAUAUUUGGCAACAUCUUUGAUAGGGGCACGAAUGCUAAUCAAAUAACACCCUUCAAAGGGGAGGUGUAAAGGCGUGACAAAAGCGCCCUAAAUCGCCUGAAGACCAUUAUUUGUCGCGCGUCAAAGGUGUGAAAAUGUGGUCUUUAUCGAUGCUCGGUAAAUCCAUUAUUUCGUCCCCUGGAAGUUGAGCUAAGUAGACCCAUAACUAACUCGACCCUAAGAUCGACGAAGAUGUGAUGUUUUUUGUGCUCAAUGGGUCUAAUAAUUUUCUUGAAUUUCUUUUCAGCCCAAUGUUCCUGCCGUUGACUGUCAGAACGGCUGCUGCGAAAGCAAUCCUUGUCUUAACGGAGGAACGUGUCACGAAACUUGUGACGUCAUCGGCAAACGUUUCAAUUGUGAAUGUGGUCCGCACUCUUAUGGAAAGCUCUGUGAAGCUAGUAAGAGACGUUAUUUUAUUAUUAAAAUGAUAUAAUUUUCUAUACAGCAAUGAAAUAAAGGGAGAACGGGGAGGAGCUUUUGUUGUAGCGAUUUCUUGGAUCGUUUGGGUGGACAAGAGUAAGCUUUAAUUGGUCGAAAGCAACCAAAGGCAACCAUUAAUUAAGCAAUCGUUGUUAAUCUGUACGUUCUGCUUCCACCCAAACAACUCAGAAACUUUGUGUUGAGAGUUUGUACCAUUCUUCCUUUUGUUUACGUAUAGUGACGAUUUUUUCUUAAUUAACACAUUAUUAUUAUUAUUAUUACUAUUUUGGCUUAAAUCGUAUCUGUCUGGCAAAUGUUUCCCUGUUAGAACGAACUGUAUAAAGUACUUCAAUUUUUGAGAGGAAAGUUUACAAAAGAGGUACUAUAACCCACAAGUGCUCUGCGUAACAGGCGCUAUCUAGCCGAGUACGUGGUAAAGAGCGUACGACAGGGACGGCAACCGCGAUAACUGCAGUCUUUUCAGCUUUCAAAGAAGUGCCAAUCCGCAACGUUUUAACCCCUAAAAGGUACAAUGAGCUCUCCCCGUCAUUUUUAAAACGAAGUAUCCCCUACCGAAGAACUUGAAGAAGUUCACUAACAUACUGCUCGAUGAAAACUCGGAAGGCAGAGAAUGGAACACGAAUGGAAUGUGCCAGUUUUGAGCGAUUUAUUACUUUUUUUGAGGUUACAUUCAAUGUUACGGUUCUGAUACGGCAAAACAUUAUCACAAUCCAAAAAAUGUCACUCAUUUAGUGAUUUGUCCAUUAUUAACGUGCAUGCGUGUGUUUAGAGCCGGAAAAAUCUCGUCUUUUCAAGUUUGAAAAAAUGCAGAUGAGCCAUUUCAAAAACCGUCAACGUUCUAUUUGUUUGUUUGUUUUUUUUCGCAGAGACAUGCACUACGCCUGAUUGGUUUUACUUUAAUAACUCGUGCUUCAAAGUGUUCACAGAAGAGGUAUCCUGGUUUGAAGCGCGAAAGUCUUGCACCACUAUCGGCAGUAACCUCAUCUCAAUUCACAGUACAGAAGAAAAUACUUUUGUGCACCAAGAGAAAUCGCUGAUUUCGAUGUCGUCUGCCUGGAUAGGACUGUUCAACUUAAACAGUACAGAUCAUAGCUAUGAGUGGGUAGAUGGUUCCAGGGUGGACUUCAGAAACUGGGGAGAUGGUGAGCCAAAUAACGCUAACAGCGGUGAAAAUUGCACCGAACUGGUUGUGAAAUCGAACGGAAUAUGGAACGAUGAAUCGUGUUAUGUAAACAGGACAUAUAUUUGUGGCAAGAAAUUUAGCCGUUAA